GAAGGUCAGGAGCUCAUGGAGUCCAAGCCUGAAUUUGAGCCCAUCGUGACGGAGCGUCUGGCCAAACUCCACGAACUGUGGGACAAGCUCGAGUCCACGACCCAGGAGAAAGCCCGGCUGCUGUUUGACGCCAACCGCUCUGAGCUCUUCGACCAGAGCCUCGCUGAUAUGAAGAAGUGGUUCAGUGGGCUUCAGCAGCAGCUGCAGAGUGGAGACGAAGACGUCAAAGACCUGACUAACGCCAACAUCCUGCUCAAAAAGCAUCAGAUGAUAGAGAACCAGGUGCGUGACCGGGCGCGGGAGCUGGAGGAGCUCCAGGAGGCCGUCAGGAAGCACGGCGGCGGCAGGGAGGACCAGCCGGAGCUUGAAGCCGAGCAGCAGGCCCUGCAGAGGGACUUCCAGCAGCUCCUCACACCACUGGCCCAGCGCAAGGGCAAGCUGGAGGCCGCCAAGGCUGUCCAUCAGUUCUACAGAGACCUGGCCGACGAGCUUCUCUGGAUUGAAGAGAGGAUGCCCCUGGCAAUGUCACAAGAGCAUGGCCACAAUCUUCAGACUGUGCAAAUGCUGCUGAAGAAAAACCAG